CUUUUUUUCCCCGUCAACCCUAUCUCUAUCCCCGCCACAAUGCGUGAGAUUGUUCACCUCCAAACCGGCCAGUGUGGUAACCAAAUUGGUGCUGCUUUCUGGCAGACCAUCUCUGGUGAGCACGGCCUCGAUGGCGCUGGUGUUUACAAUGGUACCUCCGAUCUCCAGCUGGAGCGCAUGAACGUCUACUUCAACGAGGCUAGCGGCAACAAGUAUGUUCCCCGUGCUGUCCUUGUCGACCUUGAGCCCGGUACCAUGGACGCCGUCCGUGCCGGUCCUUUCGGCCAGCUUUUCCGCCCCGACAACUUCGUCUUCGGCCAGUCCGGUGCUGGUAACAACUGGGCCAAGGGUCACUACACUGAGGGUGCCGAGUUGGUCGACCAGGUUGUCGAUGUCGUCCGCCGUGAGGCCGAGGCUUGCGACUGCCUCCAGGGUUUCCAGAUCACCCACUCCCUCGGUGGUGGUACCGGUGCCGGUAUGGGUACUCUCCUGAUCUCCAAGAUCCGUGAGGAGUUCCCCGACCGUAUGAUGGCCACCUUCUCCGUCGUUCCCUCCCCCAAGGUCUCCGACACCGUUGUUGAGCCUUACAACGCCACCCUCUCCGUCCACCAGCUCGUUGAGCACUCCGACGAGACCUUCUGUAUCGACAACGAGGCUCUGUACGACAUCUGCAUGCGCACCCUCAAGCUGUCCAACCCCUCUUACGGUGACCUGAACCACCUGGUCUCCGCCGUCAUGUCCGGUGUGACCACUUGCCUCCGUUUCCCUGGUCAGCUCAACUCCGACCUCCGCAAGCUGGCUGUCAACAUGGUUCCCUUCCCUCGUCUCCACUUCUUCAUGGUCGGCUUCGCUCCUCUGACCAGCCGUGGCGCCUACUCCUUCCGUGCCGUCUCCGUCCCCGAGUUGACCCAGCAGAUGUUCGACCCCAAGAACAUGAUGGCCGCCUCUGACUUCCGCAACGGCCGCUACCUCACCUGCUCCGCCAUCUUCCGUGGACGUGUCUCUAUGAAGGAGGUUGAGGACCAGAUGCGCAACAUCCAGUCCAAGAACCAGACCUACUUCGUCGAGUGGAUCCCCAACAACAUCCAGACCGCCCUGUGCUCCAUUCCUCCCCGUGGUCUCAAGAUGUCCUCCACCUUCAUCGGUAACUCCACCUCCAUCCAGGAGCUCUUCAAGCGUGUCGGUGAUCAGUUCACUGCUAUGUUCCGUCGUAAGGCUUUCUUGCACUGGUACACUGGUGAGGGUAUGGACGAGAUGGAGUUCACUGAGGCUGAGAGCAACAUGAACGACCUUGUCUCUGAGUACCAGCAGUACCAGGACGCCUCGAUCUCCGAGGGUGAGGAGGAAUACGGUGAGGAGGAGGUUCUUGAGCCUGAGGAGUAAAUGUCUCAAGUCGACAGUUACGCGAAUUGAGACCAGCUCUGUAAUACCCCGAUAAGCCUACAUUCUCUUCGACCUAGACCUUCUGGUCUGGGUCAGUGAAUUAUUUUGUUUGAGCGCUCUUAAUUUCCC